CCACCAUGCAGCUUUGUCUCUCCAAAGCAAGCUUUAUGUCAUACUGCUGAAUUUUCCUAGAAAACAAACGGGUAUUACUAGAUAUGGAGAGGCUUACAGAUCUAAGCCACCUCUUCGUGACCAUCUUCCUCGCAGGCUUAGCCAACUUCAUGGUGUUUCCGGCCAUAACAGAUGUCACCAUGGUGGCCGUUUGCCCUGAUCAAGAUGAGUGCUCACUUGCCAUUUACCUCUCUGGAUUCCAGCAAGCCAUCAUAGGAUUGGGAUCGGUUGUGAUUACUCCACUAAUUGGGAAUCUAUCGGAUCAGUAUGGAAGAAAAGCUAUUCUUACAAUUCCUUUGUCUCUCUCAAUCAUUCCAUUAGCAAUAUUGGCAUACAGCAGGGCAACCAUUUUCUUUUACGCAUACUAUGUAAUGAGGACUCUCACUGCUAUGGUCUCCGAUAGUGGCAUUAACUGCCUUGCUCUUGCUUAUGUGGCAGACAACGUUUCAGAGAGUCGACGAGCUUCAGCAUUUGGAAUUCUAUCUGGCAUAUCCCUAGCCUCCUUUGUUUGUGGAACCUUAGCUGCUCGUUUUAUCUCUACUUCUUUGUCAUUUCAGGUUGCUGCAUGUAUAUCCAUACUUGCUGCUGUGUACAUGAGAAUUUUUCUGAAGGAUAAAGCACUAAAUGGUGAAUAUUUAACUCGGCCAUUCUUGAAGAGCGGACUUGAUGACACUCAUCAAGAUGAUGAUGGUUUACCAAGGAAGCCAUCAGUACCCAAGAAGAUCCUAACAGUUAGGGAUCUUAUUUCUUUGCUGAAGUGUAGUGCAACAUUUUCGCAAGCAGCAAUUGUCGCGUUCUUCCAUAGCCUUGCAGAUGGAGGAAUCAUAGCUUCUUCUAUGUACUACUGGAAGGCCCGUUUUCACUUCAACAAAAAUCAAUAUGCCGAUCUAUUGCUUGUUGUUGGAGUUGCAGGAACGGUAUCACAGUUGAUUUUCAUGCCUUUCUUGACGCCUUUUAUAUCAGAAGAAAAAUUGCUUUCGAUAGGGCUAUUUAUGGGCUUCAUCAAUAUGUUUCUCUACAGCAUAUCAUGGUCCAUUUGGGUUCCAUAUGCAGCUACUGCAUUAACUGUUUUCACCGUUUUCGUGCCUCCAUCCUUAUACAGUAUUGCAUCUAAACAAGUAGGCCCCAAUGAGCAGGGAAAGGCUCAGGGAUUCAUCUCAGCCAUAAGUUCAUUUGCCAACAUUAUUUCCCCUUUAAUUUUUAGUCCUUUGACAGCUUUAUUCUUGUCCGAAGAUGCACCAUUUAAAUACCCUGGUUUCAGCAUGUUAUGCAUCGGAUUUGCAUUGAUGAUUGCAUUCAUUCAAAGUGUUAUGAUGAAGGCUAGUGGUUCUAUUCCAAUUCACCAAAACAACAAUAAUCGCAUGGUGGCCUAGUUCUCCAUUUUGGUCUAUUUGAGAUGCACAAGAAGAAAGAUUCUAUGGCCUUUACUUGUCAUUGGAAGCCAUUGUAAAGCUCCUUGUAUACACAAUGAAGAAACCAGUAAAAAGACCUUGAAGAAACUCAUCAUUAACUAGUGUGUGUCUGUGUAUAUAUAAUGGGUGGCUAAAAGUGCGGCUUGCUUUGAUCAUAUCCUUGAUUAUUGAUCUUAUGUAUUCAACUAUACAUGAGCCACAUACAUACUUUUUACCAAUUAAGAUCAGACAUACAAGGAUUUCUUCAACAAUAUCUGUAACCAUUUGUAGCCAAGUUAAUGCUUGUUGAAAUUUUGAGCUUAAAAAAUGUACCGUCUGUUGAAAUUUGAACUUGGAGAAUGUAGAUCAACAAAUGUGCACUUGGCCUA